AUAUGUAGAGAGAGAGAGAGAGAGAGAGAAAGAAGGGUAUUAGACGCCAUGUUGGACUCAAUUGACCUCUGAAUAAGUGUCUUCCUUCGUUCUCCAUCCAAUCAACGCCAAUUCUCUUCUUUACCCACUCGCUCUCCGUCAUCCCCGGCCACCGUAUCCGGCGGAGAGCCGCCCUUCUCCCAUCGUCCCUGUAAAGCUCGCUGCUUGGCGUUGCUAUUUCUAGGCUUCAUCGAUAUGAACGCGGUCUUCAAUAAGCUACGCAGUUUGGACGCAUACCCAAAAGUCAAUGAAGAUUUCUACAACCGCACACUUUCCGGCGGUGUCGUCACCAUCGUCUCCGUCGCCGUCAUGCUCUUCCUUUUCAUCUCCGAGCUAAGUUUAUACCUUUAUACUGUUACCGAGAGUCAGCUUUUGGUGGACACUUCUAGAGGAGAAACCUUACACAUCAAUUUUGAUGUCACUUUUCCUUAUGUUAGAUGCUCAAUGCUCAGUUUAGACGCAAUGGAUAUUAGCGGCGAGCAGCACCUUGAUAUAAGACAUAAUAUCAUGAAAAAAAGAAUUGAUUCUCAUGGCAAUGUGGUAGAAGUGAAGCAGGAUGGAAUUGGUGCACCAAAGAUUGAGAGGCCCUUGCAGAAGCAUGGUGGCAGACUAGGACAUGAUGAAGAGUAUUGCGGUUCCUGUUUUGGUGCAGAAGAAUCAGACGAUCAAUGUUGUAAUUCUUGUGAAGAAGUGCGUGAAGCAUACAGGAAAAAGGGAUGGGCGCUGUCUAAUAUGGAUUUGAUUGACCAGUGCCAAAGAGAAGGCUACGUACAAAAGGUAAAGGAUGAAGAAGGUGAAGGAUGCAAUAUUCUUGGAUCUCUUGAAGUUAAUAAAGUGGCUGGAAACUUUCAUUUUGCAACUGGAAAAAGCUUUCUUCAGUCAGCUAUGUUUCUUGCUGAUCUACUUGCUUUACAAGAUAAUCAUCUAAAUAUAAGUCAUCAGAUUAACAAAUUAAGUUUUGGAGCCCACUUCCCCGGAUUAGUAAAUCCUCUUGAUGGGGUAAAAUGGGUGCAAGGACCAAGUCAUGGCAUGUACCAGUAUUUCGUAAAGGUGGUCCCUACUAUAUACAGAGACAUUAGAGGCCAUGUUACCUAUUCAAAUCAGUAUUCUGUGACUGAGCAUUUCAAGAGUUCAGAGCAAGGUGCAGUCCCUGGAGUGUUCUUCUUUUAUGACAUAUCACCAAUUAAGGUCAUCUUUAAAGAGCAGCACAUUCCAUUCUUACAUUUCUUGACCAGUGUUUGUGCAAUUAUUGGAGGUGUAUUCACGGUGGCGGGAAUAGUAGAUUCAUCCAUAUAUUAUGGUCAGAGAACAAUAAAGAAAAAGAUGGAGCUCGGCAAAUAUAGAUAAUCUGGUGACUACGCUACGUUGAGUCUGGUUAAUGGCAUGCUUGGUGCUGCAUCAUGUUUCUCCAUAAUAUCAUCCGCAUCCUUGUGCUAACAUACACAUCCAAGCAGAGCUGCUCAUUCUCUCCAUGAAUGAAGUGUAUUUUUUAUAUAUAUUUAAUUUUGUUCUUUUGGUUUAGAGGAAUUGAGGAUUUUCCAAGUGUCCAAACUGAGAGAUAUUGGUUGGGAUAAUACAUGAUUUGAUUAUGCAAAACAGAAUUCUCAUUU